CUUCCUCGUGAAUCUACCAAGCAACUAUGAAACCACUCCCUUGCCCUAGCCCUUUCACCUGAGAAAAUCAAAUUAUCGUUCCACUUUCUCACAUUUCCCUUUCCCACACAGAACACUCCCUCCAUAAAUUAGUCAAGAUUUUCAAAGGCCAUUGGCAAACCAAUACCCAAACAACAAAAAAACUUCCUAAGCGCCGGCCACCAUAGAGCUAGCGAUCCAAGGACAGCAACAGCCAUCCCAGAACCGAAUGACCGGCUUCAAGGGAUUCAGCGCGUACUAUACCACGCUCUUCAGCCAUCUCCCCAACCAGGAGCAGUCGGUCAUACUGGAGAAGCUUUGGGAGAUGGAUCCCUAUCACAAGGAGUGGGAUUUCAUCUACGCAGUCUACUCGGCGAUUAGCCAGGACCUGGCAAAGGAUAACAUCUACCUGGAGGAAUGGGUUCAGACUUCUGUCAAGCAUCUGAACAUCCUUCCUCGCGACAGCUACAUGUGCCAGCUCGGCUGGAAACUGGUCCGCCUCGACGAUGGCACGCAUUCACUUGAGCGCGAUUCAGAGGUCUCGUCCAGGGCCCUGGUCUCGCGCCAGAGUGGCGGCCUGUCCAUGAACGGCCUCGACCUCUUGAUGCGUUGCAUGGGCGAGGGUUUGCCGGUUGCCGAGACGAACUUGGGUGCGAUCAUCAAGAAGCUCAGUGACGCCACCAGUGGUAUCAUUUCCAUCAAUACUACUGAGUCGGCGGACACCCCGGCUACCACGGAUCCUACAUCUAGUGGCGCAUUCCGUUGCCUUGUCGCAACCGACCCCAGGCUUGCAAUGGCGGCUCUUCUCGGUGUCCCUGCAGAUGAUCUCGAGAGCGAUGGAAUCGGAUUCAGGGUCUUCUUCUAAACAGUAGGCCCAACCCGCAACUAAAAUUCAAGCGAUCCCACUCGAGAGAAAACAGCCUAAGGUUCUAACAUGUUUCCGCAUCGAGCUAUAGAGGGCUUGCUCUAAGGCAGCUAAAGUUGCGGGGUUGGAUAGGGUUGAGACCUGUAGGAGAUCAUGGAAUUGACACAUUGCGUUGAAAGACUGGUCCGUGGCGGGGAGUACAAGGAGGAGCAAGGGGAGGAACAGGGAGGUUUUGGUCCCCAUAGAUUGAAGAUCCAGAACAAGGUCUCGCGUUCUCCACGUCAACAGACCCCAUUCCCUUCUAUCCACGCAUGGAAAAAAUAUCGUUAUUAGUCUU